CCGCCCAUCAGUAGUCCUGUGCUUUUGCACCUGCCUCACCACCCCUGCCACUUUGAGCACAAACCCUCCUGGAGCUCCUAUAGCUAUACCUGCACUGCAGCCCUCACUACUGAAUCCUCUUUUUCCUGGGUCCCCCUCCACUGCUCCACUGAGCCAUCUCCGUCCGCUGGGAACAGGUAUGCAACAUGAGGGCUAUCUGAUCAGCGACUGCAGCCCACCCCCAACUGAUGAAGACGCAGCGGUAAAAAAGAGAAAUCGGUGCCGCCAGAAGCCGAGAUUUCGUGCGUGUUUCUUGUCAGGAGAGAGAAAUCCGCGCAUGUAUUCCUACAUGCGCUAAGUAACGAAGGAGGUGGACAUGCAAUAAGUGACAGUGGCUGCCAGGUAGUCUACUACGCAAGAGCGCUCCCUCCGGACCUCCUCUCUGAACUUUACCCGCUUUGGCUUUGACGCGAUGGCUGCUGCUGCUGCUGCUGCUCUAGGGGAAGUUGGAGGUGUUUUGCACGGCAUCGAUGGUGUCGCACAGGUCGGGUCCCAUUUCUUCCUGACCCAACUUGGUGACAGUCCCACACUUCUAGGGGAGCACCUUAUCCCCGGGGACAGGCUCUCCCGGAGCACCGUGGCGGAUUUAACGCACCUCAAAGGGAUUCUCAGGAGGAGACAGUUAUACUGCAGAACGGGCUUUCACCUGGAAAUACUUCCGGAUGGCACAGUGCAAGGGACGAGGAAGGACCACAGCCGCUUUGGUAUCUUGGAAUUUAUAAGCCUCGCUGUUGGAUUGAUAAGCAUAAGAGGGGUGGACAGUGGACUGUAUCUGGGGAUGAACGACAGAGGAGAGCUGUAUGGAUCCGAGAAGCUCACGGCUGAAUGUGUCUUCAGGGAGCAGUUUGAGGAGAACUGGUACAACACUUACUCCUCCAAUCUCUACAAACACGGAGACAGAGGGACCCGUUACUUUGUGGCGUUGAAUAAAGAUGGGACACCAAGGGAUGGGACUAAAUCCAGGCGGCACCAAAAAUUUACACAUUUUUUACCCAGGCCUGUGGACCCCGACCGUGUGCCAGAGCUGUACAGGGAUAUCCUAGGACACAGCUGAGACUUGGAGGCCUGCUCCAGUUCAGGAAUAGCUGCUAAAGCCCUGUCAGGCAGGGAAAACAGAAGAAAAGAGGGAUGCAGGCGUGAGGAUGUGGCCGGUGCAGGCUGGUAGACAACAGCCCGAGCAGAAGGGAUAAAGGCAUCGGGGGGCCUCUUAUAGGAAUGCAUAAACCAUCUCUCAGCAGCCAAGAAGACAGGCUAGAAUGUCUGCACACUUGUCAUGAGGGAGUCGUUUGUUUCGGAGGCCGGAUGACCCUAAAAUGUACCUGCGUGGAAUAAGAGACGAAUGGGAAACGGAGCAAAGUAGAAGCGUCUCCUCUGGUCAGAUGGAGUCGUCAGAUGAUGUGGGUCAGUCAUGUCAGUCAAACGUACUUUGUUCAGAAGGACUUUGAAGGAAUUCUGUUUUGUUUGUUUUUUUUAACCUGUGUCUAGACUCGUUUGAAAGGUAAAAAUGUAACAAUUUAUUUAUUCAUUUUAGAUUCAUAUAUUUAUGUUUUAUAUUUAUUUAUUUGAGAAUAUAUAUUUUUACAGUUAGAAACAUGCAAUAUGAAAACCACUAGAUCCUGUACUGAUUAUAUAAAGACUGACACUGUACAACUAUAUAUUUUUAUCAUGAUAAGAAGCUGAGCUAAUGAUAAAGUGUAAAAAUCACCAGAAAAAAAGAAACAUAUAAGCGACAUGUGGAAACAAUCACCACAUCUUAAAUGCAUUUUGUCACAAUGUGGCAACAGUGAAUCCAUUUUUUUUUUAAUUCUUGCAACAUUGACACAAUAAUGCUACAAUAAUAACUACUCAUGCUUGUGUUACGAGAUAAAGUUCAAGUCGACAAACUCACAGUACAAACAAUAAAUUGCUCAAAUGUGA